AGGUUUUAUUCGCCGUUUGUAGUAUGACGAAUGGUACAGCUUCAGAUAAGGCAGAAAGUGCACGUAUACUCAAGUAUGACUUCGACAAUAUUGGAACGGGAUCUUAUCGAUUUGGGUUCGAAUCGAGUGACGGUAUAAAGAGGCAGGAAACAGGUGAAGUACAUAAUGAAGGCUCCACACACCAGUUCGUCAAAGUGGCUGGUUCCUAUUCCUACUUGGGACCAGAUGGACAUCUUUACGAGGUACGAUACACCGCUGACGAUCAAGGAUUCCAUCCAGAAGGGGAUCAUAUCAAAGUUCCGCCAUUUGUACCAUGGAUUCACCAUCAUAAUGAUGAACACCAAUUUGACCAUGAUCACCAUCAUAAAGAAUCAAGCAGCCUGAAAUCAUUCACAACAAUCGUAGAUACCAGUUCUAGUGAGAAAAUCUCAUCAGAUGUAACUAGAAAUAUUCCUCCUCUGUCUACUGCAUAUUUACCAGAUAGUUCGACCGCAAAACCAAAGGAAGUGAUUCCAUCGAAGACAAGUCAGCCAUAUAGUGAUCGUUCACUCAUUACUGAUUCGCAACCACAACCAAAUUAUCUCUUUUUCUCUAAUCCUGAAGCACAAACUCCUAUUGGGUAUUUCACUCCUAGACCAGAUGGUCCUAGCAUUGAUGAAAAUAGUGAGAGUAGAUAUUAUAUUCCACCUGUGACACCUGAAUGACAUAAGACUCGAUUAAAUGCUGUCAACCAGUUCACGGUUGCUGAAACAUAUUCCAUCGAUAUCCCAACUCCUCAGGUACCAACAUAUACUGCCAUUGUUCAAGUGUUUAUACGAUCCCUAUAUCUCAGAUUAUUGAUGCCCUAUCGUUUUGUUGUUACAUUUUAUAAUUGUUACUAGUUUUUGUGUGAAUGAG